AUGGAUGCAUCUCUGCGCAACACGGCCAGUCUAGUGGGCAGAAUCGAGAAACUCCGAGAUGAUCUUAUCAAACACUUCGAAGCUCUUGUUGGGCAUGCGGGAAUCAAUCGGCCAGACCGCACGAGCACGGCGAUAACGCAGUACCAGAUGCAGGUCGAGACCGCGGCUCUCAUCCGCGCAACCGAAGAUUUCCAAGCCCUCAUCCGCCAGCUGCAGGAAAUGUGGCUCUUCGGGCAACUGGAUACAGUGGGGGAGAGUAAAGUGCAACAGCAGACUGACGAGAAUGCGAAAGUGGUUGCGGAGCUUUUGAAGCAGCUUUUGGAGCGACAGGGGCCUGCGCCGCGAGAACAGGUCGAUGGAGGUUCUCCCCCUGCUGUUGAUGAGGCGAUGCCGAAUGGGUCGUCACCAGCGCAGGGCGCAGUGUCUAAUUCAGAGCUAGAGUCGUGA